GUUUGCCGCAUAAAAAAUUUUUCAUUAAAAAAUCAGUGAAAUUAAAGGAUAUCCAGCUUAAAAACAUUAGAAAUGGAUGAAAACAAGCAAAAGCUAGACGUGUGGAUCGUCAAAAUCCAAAAUCAAGAGAGAAUGGUCCGACAACGAGCACUUAAAGAAUUAUUAGAAUUUUGUCAAAAUGAAAAAAAUCUCAACAAAGAAAACUCAAUAGAAUUAUUUGAUUUCACUUAUCUGUGCCUUAUAAAGUGCUACAGUGAUAAAUAUGAGAUGUGUCGGAGUCUUGCAUGCUCAAUAAUUACUGAAAUAUUAAAGCAUUUACAGCAAAAUGAUUAUUACUUGAGCUUGUUGGUUCCAGUGAUUGCAAAACGAUUGGCACCGCUGGAUAUAGUUGAGGAAAGCGAGGAAAUGAGACUUCAAUUGCUCAAACAGCUUAAUUUCAUAAUUGAUAAAUACAAGGACCUUAAAAUCACGGGAGCAGUUCGUGAUAAAACAGGUGACGGACAAGAUCGAUUGCUUAAGCCUUACAAUGACAUUAUUGACAUCCUUAAAGUCCGUCUUAUGGACAAUUAUCCAGCUAUACUCAAAGAGUGUUGUGAAGUUAUCAAAUUAACAGCAAUUGCAUCUAGUUCAUUCCAUUAUCGAGCUGAAAGUCUUGCGGAACCGCUAAUAACUUUAUUAAAGCAUCGACAUUCAGGAAUUAGAAUAGCAGCUGUUGAAGCUCUUGGAGUUGUUGGAUUGAAUAUUCUCACAAAUUGCGAUAAGUUAAGGCGAAUAAUCAAGGAAAUCUCACCGUUGCUUAUGGAUCCAGUUCCAUUUGUGAGAAGAGAAUGUGGUCGCGUUGGAUGUCUAUUUUUGAUGAAAUUGUGUGAUCGAUAUUCAUUAUUUGAGCCUAUAUUGCCUUUGGUGAUGUGUUGCCUCACAGACGAAAUCGAAGAAGUCAGAACAGAAAUUGAAAAGUCAUGGUUAGAAGCUGGAAAUCUCUAUUACAAUGAAAACGAGGCAGAGCUGCAAAAAUUGAAUUUAAUUGAACAAGUUCCUGCUGAUUAUCCGAAAAUCAUUCCAAAGCGUCCCACAAUCGGAUGUCGAGCAUUAGUCCGUAGAUCAUUGAGAGUUCUGAACAUAAUAUUGCAUGAAAUGGAGGAUUGGAAGGAAGAAGUUCGUCUACAUUCCACAAAGUUACUAUAUCAAGUUGUAAUCCAUAGUGAGGAUCAGCUAGCAUCAAAAUAUUACGACAUUAAUGCUGUAUUAUGUAAAACAUGUCAAGAUCAAGAAGCUCCAAUUGCAAAAUUAGCUAUGGAAGUAGCUGGACUUAUUGGAUAUUUUGUUGAUCAAAAAACAUGGAGUAAAUAUGCAUUUGAGGAACUAAGGACUAGACAGAACAAACUGGGUCCAAUAAAAUGCUUGAAUGCUUUAUACAGAGAGUCUGUGGAUAAAGAGAAAUAUCAGAAUGUGAGUGAAUUGAUUGACAUUUUUAUGGACAAUUCCAUUUGCCACAACACAUCAGUUCCAUUUCAAACGGAGUUUCUUGAAAACCUUAAAAUUCUACAUCCUGGAGUUUUGUUGAAUGAAAAUGUUGUGGAAAAUUACUAUAUUGUGACAUUAAAGAUGACAGCUGUUGGAUAUGAUAAUGAAGUUAUUAGAAAUGAAGGAAUUAAUAUCCUUAAACUGAUUGCUGAACCUGAAAGUGUCUCGAAAAUUCACGCAAAGUAUUUAAAAUCAGCAUUGAAAACUCUAGAUCUGCUUGAUAAGGCAAAUAAUGACUCAUUUGAGCAGAUUAUGGUGCUUUAUGGCAUCAUUUGUAUUUGUGGAUUUGAGAAAUCAUUUCUUGAAGAUCUAAAAUCUUCAAUUAAACUUACACUUGAGCAUGCUGACGGAGAAGGAAAGAUAAAGAUCCUAAGUGCUAUGGCCAUGGCUGCAUUGAAUUGGGACAAGACGAUUGAUGUGGAGGAUCCAAAUGAGAAUUUCUUAAUUAUGAUGUCAUAUAUCAAUGAAUGCAUUGCACCACACUUGAUUUGGCACGCUGGACGUACAGCUGAAUCUGUAAGAACUAUGGCAACAGCAGUUUUAAGCUCUUUAGUACAAGGAACAACCAAAGAAAAUUUUACAAAAAUUGUAGAUGCACUCUUGGUUCCAUUGAUAUCAUUAGUUGACGAUAAUAACAUAGCAACAAGAUCUUAUGCCUUGAAAAUUCUCAUGCAUGUUGGACCACUCAAGUAUGAUAAUCUUAAAAAUUUUGGAUCUGGAUUAUUAUCACGUCUUGACGAUCCAGGACAUGAAGUUCGAGUUAAAGCAGCAAAAUGUUUGGGAAAGCUUAAAUUAAUUGAAAGUGAUCAAGAUGAUUUCAAUGACAUGUGGGAACAUUUAUUAAAGCAAAUUUUCAGCACAAUGAUGAUUCAUCUUGAAAGUCCAGAAAUCGAUUUAAGGAACAACUUGAUUGAUUCAAUAGUUGAGUUGUGUCAUAAUUAUACGAAUGCUUAUAUCGCUGCAUUGAAAGAAGCUAUAUUGUCAGAAGAGCUGAAACAAAAAUUGCCGGCUGCAUCAUCAUAAAAGUGCG